AUGACUCCCGGCCUAGGCUCCUGGAAUGCCACCGAUGGCGACCUGCAAGACCUCUUCGGCGCCAGGCGCCCGCGCGACAUCACAAUCCAGAUUGUGCUGUCCGUCGCCCUCGGCACCGGCGCCUUUCUGACCUUCUGCGUGCUGCGCCCGCGCUGGGAGGGUCUGUAUGCUGCCCGCAAGAAGCAGAACCACGAGGCCACCGCCCUGCCCGAGCUCCCGCGCACGCUCUUUGGAUGGAUCCCCGCCUUGUGGAGGAUUACCGACCAGCAGGUCCUGGCUUCUGCCGGUCUCGAUGCCUAUGUGUUCCUCGCCUUCUUCAGAAUGGCAAUCAAGUUCCUGUCCUUCACCUUGUUCUUCUCUGUCAUCGUCAUAAACCCCGUCCACUCGCGCUUCCCCGACACGAGCAAGGGCAGGCUCAAGAAGAACGGAACCAUUGCCGACGAUGUUGACUUUGAGCUGCGCCGCCGCAAUGGCCCCGUCCUGGUCGACUCGAGCUGGAGCGUUUCCGAUUCGUACUCGUACUGGGAUUUCUCCCACACCGACUACCUUUGGAUGUACCUCGUCUUCGCAUACCUCUUCACCGGCCUUGCCGCCUACAUGAUUGUCUCUGAGACACGGCGCGUCAUCGAGAUCCGCCAGGAAUACCUUGGCAGCCAGACCACCAUCACCGACCGCACCAUCCGCCUCUCAGGCAUCCCGCCAGAGCUCCGUUCCGAGACCAAGAUCAAGGAAUUCGUCGAGGAGCUGGAGAUUGGCCGCGUUGAGAGCGUCACCCUCUGCAGGAACUGGAAGGCUCUUGAUGAAUUGAUGGACAGGCGCAUGUUGACUCUGCGGAAGCUGGAAGAGGCUUGGACCGUCCAUUUGGGCCAGCGCCGCGUCGAGCGCAACCUUGAAUCCUUGCCCAUUUCUCAGCCCUCUCCGCCGGAACCCUACGCAAGCGACAGCGAGCACGCCCAGCUUCUUGGGAAUGGUCACCUGCUUGCGCGUCGCUCCACCUCGCCCUACAAUCGUAGCCGGCCCUUGGUCAAGAUCUGGUAUGGCCGUCUCAAGGUGUGGUAUAGGAACGUGGAUGCCAUCAAUUUCUACGAAGAGAAGCUGCGCCGCCUCGAUGACGAGAUCAGAACGUUGCGCAGCAAGGAGUUUGAGCCGACCCCGCUCGCUUUUGUCACCAUGGAUAGCGUUGCCAGUUGUCAAAUGGCUGUCCAAGCCGUUCUGGACCCGUCUCCACUGCAACUCUUGGCAAACACCAGUCCCGCGCCUUCGGACGUCGUUUGGCAAAACACAUAUAUGCCCCGCCGGGAGAGGAUGAUGCGAGCUUGGUCCAUCACCUGCCUCAUCGGAUUCCUCACAGUGCUGUGGACCUUGAUUCUCGUGCCAAUUGCCGGUUUCCUGAGUAUCGAUUCCAUAGACCGCGUGUUCCCCGGCUUCAAGGAUGCCAUUGAAUACCACAAGAACAUCAAGUCUAUCAUUGUCACACAGCUCCCCACAUUACUCGUGUCUCUGCUGAACGUUCUCGUUCCAUACCUCUAUGACUGGCUCGCAAACUGCCAAGGAAUGAUUGGCCAGGGUGACGUUGAGCUUUCUGUCAUCUCAAAGAACUUUUUCUUCGUGUUCUUCAACUUCUUCGUGGUCUUCACCGUGUUGGGUACGGCUUCGGGUUUCUGGGGCUUGCUUGAGAACAUUGGCGAGCAACUGAGAGAUGCCACCAAGAUCACCAACGCUCUCGCCUUAUCUCUACAGGGUCUCCUCAACUUCUACACCAAUUUCGUCAUCCUUCAAGGCAUCGGCCUUUUCCCAUUCCGACUGCUGGAGUUCGGCUCUGUGAUACUGUAUCCCAUUACGUUGAUGGGCGCCAAAACACCUCGCGAUUAUGCCGAGUUGGUCCAGCCCCCGGUGUUCAGUUACGGCUUCUACCUUCCGCAGACGAUUCUGAUUUUCAUCAUCUGCACCGUAUACAGUGUUCUCCGCUCGUCUUGGAUGAUCCUCUUGGCUGGUCUGAUAUACUUCAUCAUCGGUCACUUUGUGCACAAGUACCAGUUGCUCUACGCCAUGGACCACCGUCAACACUCAACGGGGCGAGGUUGGACAAUGAUUUGUGAUCGAGUCAUCGUCGGCCUGAUUCUGUUCCAGCUUACAAUGGCAGGCCAGCUGGCCUUGAAGGGGGCAUUUUGGCGCGCAGCUCUCCUCGUUCCCUUGAUUCUGUCUACCUUCUGGUUCUGGAACGUUUACACGUACUCGUACAAGCCACUCAUGCGCUUCAUCGCGCUGAAAAGCUUGCGGAGAGCGGAACGGUCCGAUCUGGUCACUCCGCAGCUGGACCAGCCCACCACCAUUGAUGAGGAGCGCGAGAGAGGCCAGCGCUAUGUCAAUCCGAACCUUGUCAUGCCACUGGAGGAUGUUUGGAUUACAGACAACAACGCAAGAGCUCUGAUGAACGGUACCGGCCAGGAGAGUCCGGCUGAAUCCGUCGAGGAAGAACAACCUAGGAAGCGAUUCCGCCGGUUCUUCCGACGCAAUCGAAGCGGCUAG